AUGUCGUCCACACUCCUCCGCACCUCAGGCUUCCGCUCCGCCCUCCGAGCUUCAACAGCUCCCAAACGCGCCGGCAUCGCUGGAGCUACCUUCAUCCGCGGCAAAGCUACUCUUCCCGACCUCACAUACGACUAUGGCGCCCUCGAACCCGCCAUCUCCGGCAAAAUCAUGGAGCUCCACCACAAGAACCACCACCAGACCUACGUAACCUCCUUCAACAACUUCAGCGAGCAAAUCGCCGAAGCCAAGGCCAAGGAAGACAUCGCCGCGCAGAUCGCCCUGCAGCCCCUCAUCAACUUCCACGGCGGCGGCCACAUCAACCACACCCUCUUCUGGGAGAACCUGGCGCCGACAUCGCAGGGCGGCGGGCAGCCCCCGGCGGGUGGGCUGGCUAAGGCUAUCAACGAGAGCUAUGGCAGCCUGGAUGCGCUGAAGGAGAAGUUCAAUGCGGCGCUGGCUGGGAUCCAGGGCAGUGGGUGGGCGUGGUUGGUGCAGGAUACGCAGACGGGGGCUGUGGGGAUCAAGACUUAUGCUAACCAAGACGCUGUCGUCGGCCAGUUCCGCCCCAUCCUAGGUAUCGACGCAUGGGAGCAUGCCUACUACCUCCAAUACCAGAACCGUAAGGCCGAGUACUUCAAGAACAUCUGGGACGUGGUCAACUGGAAGGCGGCGGAGAAGCGAUUCCAGUAG